UUUUGCACAUGCGCGUGGUGAAAACGGAGGAACAUGGCGGAACUCGGAGAGAGGAGAAAGCUGCCACGCGUCCCAGAGAACCUGCUGAAGAGGAGGAAAGCUUAUCAGGCUAUUAAGGCUACCCAGGCCAAACAAGCUUUACAGGAAAAGCGAAAGCUUCAGAAGGGGAAGCAGAUUCGUUUUAAGCGAGUUGAGAAUUUUAUAAAAGAUUCUAGGCGGAAAUUCCGGGAUGAGGCUCGAUUUGUUCGGAUGGCAAAGAAGGCAGUUAAGAAUGAUGUGCCUGAAGGGCAGAAGCUGGCGUUUGCAGUGCGGCUCAGACCGAUUCACGGGGUCAGUCCCAAGGUGCGGAAAGUUGUUCAAAUGUUGCGACUUCGAAAGCUAUACAGUGGAACGUUUGUGAAAUUGAAUCAGACAUCAUUGAAGAUGUUGAAGGUGGUGGAGCCCUAUGUUGCUUGGGGAUUUCCUAAUUUAAAGUCCAUCCGUGAACUGAUUUUGAAACGGGGUCAAGCAAAAGUGAAUAAGAAACGCAUACCGCUAACUGACAACUCGAUUAUCGAGGGACACCUAGGAAAGUGUGGAUUGAUUUGUCUGGAGGAUUUGAUAUGUGAGAUCUAUACUGUUGGAAAAUACUUUAAGGAGGCCAGCAAUUUUCUCCAUCCCUUCAGACUGUCGGUAGCGAGACACGCAGCAAGGAACAAGAUGGGAUUUCUGAAUGAAUUUGGAGAGACUGGACACCGUGGAAUAGAAAUCAACAAACUCAUUCGUCAGCUCAAUUAAAGCUGUCAAGUAGAUGGUGGUGAGCUGCCUUGAAGAACCUUCCACAUCACUAUUGAGAUGAAUGCUAUGACUUAAAUCAGCAACAGAGGGGAAAAAAAAAAUUUUAGGUCAUCCUGGACGGGAUUUGCAACUACUACCUUUGCUGUCCUCCUUGGUGUUAGAAGUUAUGAAUUUGGAAGAAUCUGUGAGAAUAACAGCAGUGCAUGUUGUAAAUACUCCACAUUGUAACUGAACUACAGGUUGGUGAGGGGAAGGAAUGAUUUGUCAGUAACGUGGUUGCUGUUUUUUCGAUGGUUUCAAGCUUGAGUUGUUAAAAAUGCACUCAUCAUAGAAGUGGAGAGUAUUCCUUCAUUCUCAUGACAUACUGUGAAGAUGGAGUUCAGUCACUUUUACUGGAAAACCAAGCUCUGGCCUGCUGUUUGUCUGGUCUGCAAUGACGCCCUGCACACUGAUGGUUAGGAGUCUGAUAGAAUCAUGCAAAUGAAUGUCAAGGAGAGCUGAUUAAAUAGUCAUUCUCUGGAACUAUUUUGUUGAACUUAUCAGCCCGCCUAUGCCUGAACUUCAUUCUGGAAAAAUUGGUUGCUUCAUUUGAUGAGAAAAGUAAGUGGAAUCAAAUGCACACAAUCUGCUCUUCUGACAUAGUCGAUAGAAAGUCGCAGAUGAAGUAGCUGAACCUCAGGAAUAGCCCUGAGGUAAUGACCUAAGCCUGAAUGAUUGACUCUAUCUCUGCCUCUUUUUUUUUUUACAAACCUGUCAGGUGAUCCCUUUCAGCCACCUUCACUUCAGGCCCGUGAGUGUGUUCUUGAUAUCUGUGGAGUUCAGUUUUACCAGGACCCCUUGGUGCUACAUGUGAUCAGAUGCUGCCUUGACAUCAAGGGCGUUUUCUCUCAACUCAGCUCUGAAAUCACCCAUUUUGCAUAUGUUUGGACUGAGCAGGUGAAGAGGUAUGGAAACUAAUUGGCCCUUGCAAAUCUGCACAUUGAUGGAAAACUGAUUUAUGUUCUGUUUGUUGGCAAAAUGUUGUAGAUGCUGGAAAUCUAAAAAUAAAUGUUCAAAUAUACAAAAUAUUUAGUUGGCCAUGCGGUC